GGUCCCGGGGGAGGGGGUCCCGCUCCCGGGCAACUUGGCGAGAAGUUGCCCCGCGCGGCGCGGCGGCGGCUCCAUCCCGGCUCCAUCCCGGCUCCGGUUACAUCACCAGCUCCAGCACCGGCUCCGGUCCUGGUUGCAUCAUCGGCUCCGGUCCCGGCUCCGACACCGGCUCCGGUCCUGGUUGCAGCAGGAGCUCCGCUCCCGGCUCCAGCCCCGGCUCCGCUCCCGGCUCCAGCCCCGUCCCGACUCCCGGCUCCGCUCCCGGCUCCGUCGGUGGCUCCGCUCCCGGUUCCAUCCUCGGCUCCGCUCUCGUCCCCUUCACCGCCUGAAGUCCCGGCUCCACCCGCAGCUCUGCUCCCGGCUCCGGUCUCGGCUCCGGUGCCAGACCCGACUCCAUCACCAGCGCCGGUCCCUGCCCCAGCUGCAUCCCCGCUCCCGGUCCUAUUCUCGGUCCCAGCCCCGUUCCCGUCCCCAUUCCUGUUCCUGUUCCCAGCCCCGUUCCUGUCCCCAGCCCCAUUCCUGUCCCCAGCCCUGCUGCCAUCCCCAUCACUGUCCCCAUCCCUAUUCCCGCUGCUCUCCCCAGCCCUGUCCCCAGCCCUGCUGCCAGCUCCAUCCCCAUCCCCACCGCUGUCCCCAUCCCCGUCCCCAUCCCUCCCCAUCCCCUCUCCCAGCCCGGUCCCCGCCGGGGCGUGAGGCUCAGCGGGCGGCGGGGCGCCGUCCGCCCCCCCGGCACCACCAUCGCUCCCAAGGGCGACGAGGACCUUCUGGCGCUGGCCGCCUCCCGGCUGAGCCGCAGGAAGCGGGUGGCCGGGGCGGCCGUCGGCGUGGCCAUGGUGCUGGUGCUGCUGGUGGCCAUCCCGCUGCUGGUGCACAGCUCCAAGGCGGCCGCGCACUACGAGAUGCUGGGCAGCUGCCGCAUGGUCUGCGACCCCUACCCCGGCCCCGAGCUGCCCCCCGCCUCCCCGCCACCCUUCCUGCCGGGGGCCAAGGGUGAGCCGGGGCGCAAGGGCCGUGCCGGUGUACGGGGUCCCCCCGGGCCACCGGGGCCACGGGGACCGCCGGGCGAGCCGGGCCGGCCAGGGCCACCGGGACCGCCGGGUCCGGGACCCGGGGGGUACAUCCCCUCCUUCUACAGCCCCAAGAUUGCCUUCUACGCCGGGCUGCGGAAGCCCCACGAGGGCUACGAGGUGCUGCGCUUCGACGACGUGGUGACCAACGUGGGCAACUACUACGAGCCGUCGAGCGGGAAGUUCACCUGCCCCCUGCCCGGCAUCUACUUCUUCACCUACCACGUCCUCAUGCGCGGCGGCGAUGGCACCAGCAUGUGGGCCGACCUCAUGAAGAAUGGGCAGGUGCGGGCCAGCGCCAUCGCGCAGGACGCGGACCAGAACUAUGACUACGCCAGCAACAGCGUCAUCCUGCACCUGGACGUGGGCGACGAGGUCUGCGUCAAGCUGGACGGCGGCAAGGUGCACGGCGGCAACACCAACAAGUACAGCACCUUCUCGGGCUUCAUCAUCUACCCGGACUGAGCCCCGCGGGGACGGGGCGCCGGGGGGGCCACCUCCUGCUGCACAGCCCCCACCGAUCUGUCUGCCCCCCGCAACAGCCCCGGGGCGAUGGGACACCCGUAAGGACCCCCCCGUGCGCACACACACACCCCCACGCUCGCUGCCCCGCACUCACACACACGUGCACAAACACCUCGCAGCCCCACCCCCCCGCACCCCUGCCCCACGCACACCCGCGU